AUGACACAGCUCCGCGUGCCCACCCCACCAAAAAUGCGAGUUCUUGUCUGUCCUUCUGGCUUCAAAGGUAGCUUAGAGCCAGAUGCUGCUGCCAACAGCAUCGAAGCAGGAAUCUUGGCAGUUGAGCCCACUGCCGAGGUGCGCAAAGUACCUCUCGUCGAUGGCGGGGAGGGGUUUACCCGCUCCCUCGUCGCCAUUACUGGAGGCGAUAUCCACAAGGUUUGCGUGACGGGCCCAGUUGGCGAGCCGAUCGUGUCAUUCUUUGGGAUCCUCGGUCCACAGCCGGACGCCCUGACUGCCACCACUUCGCCACGCACAGCGGUGAUCGAAAUGGCUGCUGCUGCAGGUCUCAGCCUUGUACCCUCUGAUCGGCGCAACCCUAGUCUGACGACGACCUUCGGGGUCGGAGAAUUGAUCCUGGCCGCCUUGAGCCACGGGGUAGACCGCAUCUUGAUUGGGUGUGGCGACUCUGGGACGUGUGAUGGCGGUGCUGGCAUGCUCCAAGCCUUGGGUGCCCGUCUUCAUGACUCCCAGGGGCUUGAGAUUCCCGUUGCCAUGGGUGGCGAGUCCCUUGUAGAUCUGGCGGCUAUCGAUCUCUCACGAGUAGAUUCGCGCAUUAAACAUGUGCAGAUCGAGGCGGCCGUCAAUUGGGACAACGUUCUAUGCGGCCCUCAGGGGGUCGCUUCCGUCUUCGGGCCGCAGAAGGGAGCGACACCUGAACAAACUCGGCGCCUUUCUGCCGCGAUGGAAGCACUGGCACGUAUCUCAGGCAUGAUUCUCGGCGAUGAGAAGAUCUGUUCUGCGCCUGGCGGUGGUGCCUCUGGAGGCCUGGGAACAGGCUUACGUCUUCUUGGUACACGCCUCCGGCCCCGAUACGAGGUCAUCAUGGAGUAUAUUGACCUUGACAGCCUCUUUGAUGAUUGUGACCUUGUACUCACCGCCGAGGGCGGUAUUGAUGAUCAAACUCCACGGGGGAAAAUCCCGGGUGAGAUUGCCCGCCGCGCGAAGAGACACCAGCUUCCGGUCAUUGCCAUUGCCGGGACAAUUGGCCCGGGGGCUCGCGUGAACUACGACGUGGGUAUCGAUGCCUUUACCUGUAUUCUUCAGCGUCCAACUACUCUAGAAGAUGCUGUGAUGGAGGCAGAGAAGCUCACCAGAGAGAGUGCCGAGACCGUGAUGAGGAUUGUGGCGGUGGGGAGAAUGUUGGGCUUGGUCAACACGGUUGCUGUUUCUUCUGAGUAA